AGCCCACGUUGUAUUAGAGGGAAAUACAGACAGUUCCUCCAAGUCAGGAAGGUCCUCACCUUUAUUUCCCGGAUCCCUGCUAUCAGCCGGCGCUGGAAAGCCUCCUGUAAUCCUGGCCUGCUCCUUCUCACUCCCUGCCCCUGGGCACCCAGGGAGCCCCCUGAGCUCAAUGAUGGAGCCGGCCUUCGGUGAAGUGAAUCAGCUCGGAGGGGUGUUUGUGAACGGGCGGCCUCUGCCCAAUGCCAUCCGGCUGCGGAUCGUAGAACUGGCCCAGCUGGGGAUCCGGCCGUGUGAUAUCAGCCGCCAGUUGCGGGUCUCCCAUGGAUGUGUCAGUAAGAUCCUGGCCCGAUACAACGAGACCGGCUCCAUCCUCCCCGGGGCCAUCGGGGGCAGCAAGCCUCGGGUCACCACCCCCACUGUGGUCAAACAUAUCAGGACCUACAAACAGAGGGACCCCGGGAUCUUCGCCUGGGAGAUCAGGGACCGGCUCCUGGCCGAUGGGGUGUGCGACAAAUACAACGUGCCAUCGGUCAGUUCUAUCAGCAGGAUCCUGAGAAAUAAGAUCGGUAAUUUGUCCCAGCAAAGUCAUUAUGAGCACAACCAUAAACAGCACCCCCAUGCCACCACCGCCACCUACAACCAUAUCUACCCCUACCCCAACCCCAUCGCUGCUGGAGCCAAGGUACCUACCCCCCCUGGAAUGCACUCCAUGGCUGUGCACAGGACAUGGCCUUCCUCACACUCUGUCACUGAUAUCCUGGGGAUUAGGUCCAUCACAGAUCAAGACACGUCGCCCUAUCACAGCCCCAAGUUGGAAGAAUGGAGCAGUCUAAGUAGGAACAGUUUUCAAUCUUCACAGCACAUGCUCAACGGGUUGGAAAAGAGUUCCCUUGAACAGGAAGUCAAAUACAGCCAGACAGCCAGUGGAUUACCAACAGUUGGUAGCUUUGUGGCAGCUUCGGGCAUGACUCCAUACCCCACUUCGGCACCCGUCUCCCCCUAUAUGGCGUACGGCACAGCAGCACCAACAGGGUAUGUUACAGGACAUGGAUGGCAGCACACGGGAAGCACCCCAUUGUCACCGCACAACUGUGACAUCACAGCGUCACUAGCAUUUAAAGGCAUGCACACAGCACGAGAAGCAGAGGAAACUAAAAUAAGCCUCCAUACCCGCAAAUCACCACAGUCCUACCACACAUCCCAGCGCCAUGGAACAGUUGCCCACAUGCAAAGUGCGUAGAGAACAUGAACGUAUUCUGCACACUGACAUACAAUGUCAAACAUUCCUAGGUCUAUCAUACAUCUGGAGCUCUGCCAAAGAUACGCCAAUCACAUAGAUCUUUAUGUGAACACCUGACCACUUCAAUGGUACAUCCAGCUGCCUCUCCUUGACUUGGAUGUGGGGUCAGCAUGAAAGAUCUACACCUGGCGGACAUACUGUGAAAGAAUCUCCAGAUUCAGUGAUCCACAUCUCUGCACCUUCUAAUGGAAUUUAAAACAUGCCACUUUGCAACUGAACUUAAAGAAAAAUAAUAACAACUUUUAGCUACCCGAUGAUCAGAGAUUGUGCCUUUAUGAAACUUGUGGAUUGUAGCUUUUUUUUUUAAAGGAAGAGGCUCACACAACGAAAAAGAAAAUCCAGCCGCAAAACCCAAGCUAAAUGUGAAAAGGAAAUGAAGGGACAUUGGAUUUGUACCUCAUGCUGCAUAAAACUUUUCAGAACGUCAGCAGCUAACAUGAGGGACUUAUGGGUUUUAAACCCGAACUAAACAAAGGAUUAAGGUCGCUCAAAGUGAUCAAGCCAGAUGAGAUCUGGAGGACUUGUUCAACCAAUCCAAGAUUUAGGCUCUUAACCUUUAUAACAGGCCUUGGUCAAUGGCUAUCAUUUCUGAUAGUUGAUACACCUAACUCAACAGGAAACAUGAUAAUAUCUUAUGUCCAUUUGUAAUGUUUUUAAUUAUUAUGGUCCGAUUUAAAUGGGUGGGAGGGUAGGGGUAAUAUUUGUUUGGUCUUUUUGAACUUACAGUUUAGAUUGCUGUGUACAUAAUUUUAAUUAAACCUGGUGCCUGUUCAAGCCUAAGGGCAUUACCAUUUUCGAUAGUAGUUUAAUAUACUUAAAGCAAGACGCAGAUACGAUAAAUAAGGGCGCUGGCUGACCUCACUGCUUUGAUACAUCUAAUUUCUCAACCUAGAUGAAUGGGUUUUGUAGGGUUCAGUAAGACCCCUACAUAGUUUCCAUUUUUUGUCAUGAGUAGAAACUACAAUGAUGUAAAGCACUCAUUUUUGGGUGCCCAGGAAUCUCCUGAUUGCUGCAAGCAAUGCUUAAACUGGAUGGAUCUUUGGCAAAAAGUGUUCUGUGUAUGGUCACACUUAGUGCAGAUGGAUGAUAACACAACAUCAAAACGUGGCUGGAGCCAUCAGGAAACUGUGUUUUGCUUGAAGAAUUUGUUAAAAUUUGAUAUUUUAAGUAUUUGUCAUUUAUGCCAAAAGACUGCAUUUUGUCUGAAAAGCAAUGAUUUGGAAUACCUGGUGGGUGGGCAGGACAUAGUUCAACCAGAGAUGGUUUUGGCUAAAAACUUAGCCAAGGCCUAACAAAGUCAGUCUGCUUUUUUAGUUAUUGGCAACUAUGCACUUAGUGAUCAUUAAAUCCAUCAAAAAAUAAGGUCCAAGUUACCCACUUUGGACAUAAUUUAAUGGGAAGUCUUUCGAUUGCUGAGGAAGUGUACAAAAUGGAAACUGUGCCUUAUGUUUUUACAACCCAUUUGAGUCCUGGCUGAGCUUUUUUUUUAAAAUGUAUCCCCAAGCAAAAAAAAAUGUAUUACUGUGCAUUAUAUGUUUUCUAAUAGUAAAUUAUUGUACAAUGCACUAGUCUUACAGGUUUGUCUGGCCCUCAAUGCCAUCAUCAUUUUGUGCUAAUGUUGGGUUUAUCAAGGGGUUCAUGUGAAGCACUUAAAUCCAUGGACUGUAAUCAGAAGUCUUGUAGACAAGAUGUGUUUGAUAUUCUUGCAGGUCAACAAAUCCUUAUAGGUCAAGGACAGUUGGAUUGGGUCUAAUAAGUCUCAAUUGACUAUAGGCAUAGAGCCUCUAUAAUAUGCUACUAUGUCUAAGAGUUACUUGCUGCUUAACAAUGCAUUAAAUGGAAUAAUCCAUAAAGAAGUUUGUGCCAUUGCCACUUUUCUGUUUCUGUAUGUGCUUUAUCAUGUGAAGCAAUAAAGUGGAGGACAUUUUGUCUUA